AUGUCGACUCUCGCGUCUUUUGCCGACGAAGUUCAUCGGCAGCGCGAGUCUCCCAAUAGUGGGAAUCUCUCAGGCACCGAUGCAGCCGCCACUUGCAGCGCACCCAAGCCUCAACAAAAGGCCCGGCGCCGAAACCGGGUGAUCCAAUCAUGUCUUGAGUGCCGUCGGAGGAAGGUAAAAUGUGACAGGGAAAAUCCAUGUGAAAAUUGUCGUGCAUUGCAACAGCAAUGCAUCUAUGUCACUUCUAUGAACCCAGAUACCCAGCUUCGUCAAAAGUUGACUGAGAUGAAGGAGGCUAAAGAUGCAAUCGAUAACACUCUUAGAGAUCAUCCAGGAUCCCCAAAAGGUGGCUCCCGGCGAAAACGAACAAGAAAUUCUGAAGAGCCGGAGGAGCCCAUAAGCGAUGAUUCGGAAACUUCUGUCAAUAAUGGACAUUUGGAGCCGACACCGCUAGCAGUUCAAGAUGCAGCCUACGCGGACGAAGCGGAUGAUGUUGAAGAUCUUGGUUUUAGGAUUGGCAGAAUGAGGCUCGGAGAGAGGAUCGGAGGCCACUACCGUCCAAUGAUUGCAGAUGAGGUGUGCUGCAAUCUUACUUUACCUUCAACAGAAUCCCAGAAGGUCUUCUCCCUCAACACCGUCACCGAGUCCCCCGGCUUCUUCGGGGGAUUCUUUGACUCGGUAUCUCCCCCUCGCGGUGCUGCAGAUAAAUUAAUGGAAUACUAUUGGGAUGCGGUCCAUCCAGUAUCCCGGGUUGUCCACCGACCUUCAUUCGUUCAACGAUACGAAACCUUGUGGGAGACAAUAGAGAAUGGGUAUCCUAUACCCCCAUCGCUUGCAGCAAUUGUUUACUCCAUGCUAUUCUCUGCUUCAGUUGCGAUGUCUGAAGAACAGGUUUCAGAACUUUUCCAAACCUCCAAGCAAUAUUUGAAGGAUAGUUUACAACUGGGUGCUGAGCUAGCUCUCGGUAGAGCUAACUUGCUUAGAGCGAGCAAGACUGAGACUUUACAGGCACUCGUUGCAUACUUGCUUUCAAUGUGCGUCAGCGGGAUAUCUCGUGCUCACUCUGUUUUGACCGGUAUGUUGAUUCGACUGGCCGAGUGCAUGGGGCUGCAUCGUGAUCCUACUGAGUUUGGAUUUUCCCCUACUGAAUGCCAUACUCGACGCUUAGUAUGGUAUCAAAUCUGCUAUCUUGAUCUCAAGACAAGUUCGAUCCAAGGCCCCCGCCCGUUCAUCCACGAGGACGGGUAUACAACUCAGCUUCCUCUGGAUGUGACUUCGUUGCAAGCAUCCACGGAUAAGCCACAAGCUUGGAACGACAUGAUAUAUUUUUUGGUUCGAUUUGAGUGCCAGGAAAUGACUCGCCGAAACAUAGCAUUACGCAAUAGACUUGACCAAAAGAAGCUCGGCCUAACAAAAGUCUUAUCAAAGAUAGAGGCUUUCCGCAUUGAUAUGGAUGCUAAAUAUGGCCCUUAUUUCAACGUGUCGUCUCCAAGUCCGAUGCAGAAAAUGACCAGUCUAGUGCUUAAGCUUUUUACAAGCCUCUUAUACAUCAAUAUCUUAAAUCGAUACAUGACCAGUGUCGCAUAUCGGAUUCCCGACAGGUUGCGCCAAAUAGUGCUGACCAAAGGCACCGACGCUUUGGAAGCCGCAGUGGAGUUAGAAUCAGCAAAGGACCUUCAGAAAUGGGCGUGGUAUAGCUCUUCUUGGCAGGAAUAUCAUACUGCAUUUCUCUUGCUUCUCGAGGUUUUCUUCUUUCCAAUGCGCAGAGAGUCAAGCCGCAUAUGGAGUUGUCUGGAUUUUAUUUUUGCGGAUGUUAUCUCGACUCUCCCUCCUCCACUGGAACAAAUAGGAACGACGCAGAGCGUUCAAGAAAUCGUUGCACACCGAGACAUGAAAGCGAGAUAUUUGCUGAUGUUGAUUGCUGAGCACACGCGUGCUUACCAAAAAGCGAAAGGAAUCAAGACACCCGUCCGGUUCAAAGACUCCAUGAUUAUCCUUCCACCCCAAAAGGCUGGUGAUGAUUCCGAUCCCAGGAUGCCACUCAACUAUGCACACGGGAAACCGAAGGCUGAAUACAAUGCUCGAUAUGCUUCAAUGCCUCCAAGUGGUGUCAUGCCUGGAUAUGCCGAAGUACAGUCUCAAAUAUCCCACCCACCCACAGGAAUGUCACUAGAAAGUGGAACUGGACCUGUCAAUGAGUACUUGAAUACUCCCAGCAACACAAAUAAUACUUGGGGGACUACUAUUGGAGGGUUCCCCCCUUUUGGAGAUCCAUUACUUGGCAAUCCGAUGCUUCACUCAGGCUACAACAACUCCUCAACGAACACAACAGGGAGCUCGUCGGCAGGAUAUGGUGAAAUGAAUGGACAGCCGGAUUACAUAGGUUCACAGAUGCUAGAGAUCGACUGGAACCUUUGGAAUACCAUAUUCCCGCCACAAAUCAACGAUGGCAACCUGGACAUCCCCGAUGAUGAUUUGUGGAGUAUAGGUGAUAGUCUCGACCGACGGAUAUUCUAG